AUGACAUCCUACCGCCCCGCCACCCCACCGCCAGAAGGCUACUGGGGUCCCAUAACCUCAUCGCUCUUCUGGUGCGAGGAAAAGUACCGCUGGAGCCGGUACGUGGCCGAGCCGGCCAAUACGCUGUCGAACCUCUUUUUCGUCGUCGUCGCCCUCUACGGCGUAGCUCGCACGCGCGGACAGCGCCUGCCGUUGCGCUUCGUCCUCGCCCAUUUUGGCGUCGCGUUCGUUGGCGUCGGAUCGACCCUGUUCCACGCCACGCUAAAGAGGGAGAUGCAGCUCCUCGAUGAACUACCGAUGAUCUACACUUCGGCACUGCUCACCUACGCCGUCCUCGAGACGUCACCAGGCUACCGCAGCCGCACCUUUCCCAUCCUCCUCGCCCUCUUCCUCCUCGCCCUCGUAUCGAGCAUCACAUGGACAUACCUGCACAACCAGGACCCCGUCUUCCACCAGGUCGCAUUCGCCACCCUCCUCCUCUCCUCGACCUUCCGCGAGUGGUACCUCCUCCACCACCCUUCCUCCCCCCUCUCCUCGUCCUCCUCGUCGUCGUCGUCAUCGCCCCUCAUCAACCAGAGGAAGAGGGAAAUCACCUCGCUCAACGCAAAGGGCGCCAUCAUCUUUGCCCUCGGCUUCGUCAUCUGGAACAUCGACAACCUCUUUUGCGCACAGCUCACGGCGUGGCGCCACGCCAUCGGAUACCCGGCCGCGUGGGCGCUCCAAGGCCACGCGUGGUGGCACCUCUUUACCGGUUACGGCUCCUACUGCCUCAACGUCGCUUCCACGCAACUCGUCGUCUCGGUCAAGGAGCACCCCGAAAACGUCCGGCUGGUCCCGGGCUUCCUGCCUUAUGUCGAGCGCGUCAGGCCCUUUGACGAGGGCGCGCCACGCCAAGCGGACACCAAGAAGCGGUCUUGA